AUGAAUACCACUUUUGUGAUGGAUACAGAACAUAAUGCUUCUAACAUUUUAAUUAACAACGAAGAGAGAUCGCUGUCAACAAUUCUUUUAGCGGCAAAGACAAUGCGAACUGUAUUCAUACCAUUGAUAGUAGUGAUCGGUUUAUGCGGAAACACAUUAUCGUUGAUGGUGUUUUCAGCCCAAAGCAUGAGGAGGUCUUCGUGUUCGGUGUUUCUGGCGUCCUUGGCGGCUGUUGACAACACUUUUCUCGUCAAUCUACUCUUCACCUGGAUCGAUGGCGAGAUGGUCACUAUCAUAUCUACAGAUAUUUUAUGUCAAGUCCUCAUAUACUUCACGUACGUGACAAGCUUCUUAAGUGUAUGGUUUGUUGUCGGAUUUACAUGUGAGCGUUAUAUCGCCAUAUGUUUUCCACUAAAACGUACGUUUUUGUGUAGUGUAAAGCGGGAAAAGAUAGCAGUUGUCGCAUUAAUCUUGGCAGCUUUUGGUUUGUACAACUUUAGUUUAUGGACAUCUGGAAUGCAACAGUUUGGACCAAAAUUGAAAUGUUCUCUUAAAAAGGAAUACUUUCAAGUUUUGAACAUAGUUACAUGGAUUGAUACACUCCUUACAAUGGUAAUUCCAUUCGUCAUCAUUAUCAUAGUUAACUCGCUUGUUCUUAGAACUAUCAUUCAAGGUUCUUUAAAAUCAAAUGCUUUAAGUAGGAAAUCGAGUUUUGCGCAAAAAAAAGUGGGCUCGUUUGUAAUUCUUGAAACUAUGAAAAAAACAUUCUGUAAACCUACCAAUCCGCAGAUCCGAGUGACAAGAACACUGAUUAUGGUAUCCAUGACAUUUUUGUGUUUAAAUCUUCCUUCACACGCAAUUCGACUGUGCAAUCUAUUUUCGUCAGUGAUGUCAAAACAACAGACAAUUUCCGAGGAGUAUUUCCUCCUUCAAGAAGUGACCUUGGUUUUGUACUAUUUGACAUUUAGCUGCAAUUUUGUGCUUUAUACUCUUUUCGGGAGAAAUUUUAAGACAUCAUUAAUGCUCAUUCUAAAAUGUCGCUCAUAUACGGAUGAGCGACGCCGACUAAUACUUGGAAGAUUAAGUUCCAACAAUAGUAACACAACACAUUUGGUGUAA